ACUGAUUUUAGUGUGUGAGUUGCCUUCGUUCGGAGCAGUAGUCAGUAAAUAAUUCCUCUCUGUGUGGAAGAGGAAACUCGCUCGGCCAUAGGUUUAGAGAGGGUGCAAAAAAAUAUCUUUAUCUUUAGCAAAACGGAGAAACACGCAAUAGAAUAAGCAGCUCGGUGCUCGGUCGGAAGUUUAAAGCUUUUUCGCGAGUGAAAUCCUCCCGGGGAGGAUCGGAAAAGUGCAGAUUUUGGCUGCCGAAGGCUGGAAAAAUCUGGAAUCUGGACAGACCUCCAGCAGCGGAGUGGAAAUUUUCAGCUCCGUGUGGCUGCUGAACCAGUCCCAGUAGGCCUGAGAAAAAAAACGGGGCGUUUACGUGGUGAUCUAGUAGGCCGAAGUUUGGGUGCAGGUGACCGUCGUCGAGGGCUGCAGUGUGGUCGGAGGAAAGUGCUUCCGUCUCGUUGAGUACCUGCAGUUGAGGAUCUUUGGGCCCGUUUCCCGGACGGAACUUCGGUUCGGAUCGAAAAGGCUGAAAAAGAAAGAUGGGAACCUUGGUGGCCGAUAAUGGUAUUCAUCAGACGGAAUUGUUGUCUAUCGAGUCGUUGGUGAACGAGUUCUACCAUCCGGGUACAUCCAAUGCCAGAAAACACACGAUCGAAGGUCAGCUACAGCAGUUUCAGCGAUCGCCACAUGCAUGGGCUCUGUGCCUGCAGCAUUUGGUUCAGUUUAACAAUCAGUACUUUUGGUUCUUCAAUGUUUCUACCGUGGAAGUAACCAUCAGCCAACGAUGGGUAUCACUGGAUGAAAACAAUCGAGCACAAAUCCGGGACUCUCUAUGGACGACGUAUGCGGGGUUUUCGCAUGACAUUCCGGGUAUGCAGCGAGAUAAGGUCGCACAGUUGAUCGCCUUGAUCGGGAAGCGACAGUUCCCGGAAGAGCAUCCGGAUUAUAUGAACCAGGUACUGGAGCUGCUGAAAAGCAAGUUCAUCCUAGGCGUAACCCUGCUGCGAUCGACUUCCGAUGAAAUCACCAGCACAAAGGCCGACAUCACAAGCGAUCGUCAAAAGUACCUGUCCUAUUGCGUUUCAAUGUAUCUCCCGUCGGUGUUCGAAAUCCUCGAGAAGUACGCUGAACUGUGCAUCACACGAACUAGUUGUAAGAACGGAAUAAGCUUGGCACAUCUGCCGCCCCCUUUCGGUGACGAUGCGCGUGUCGAGCAAGCCACCAUGGAUCUUCUGCUGUGCGUUCAGCAAAUCUUCUCCUGGGCACCCCUCGACAACAUUACGGAGCCGCACUUCUUCCAGAGUUUGUUCAUGCUCGCGCGGUGGAAUGAGGCGUUCAACGAUGUAUCCAUCUCGGCUUUGACGACAAUCUCUGAGCUAUUCUACCGGCAGAAACCUCUACCGUUGCCGACGGUCAUAGCUACCGGGGUGAUUGAUCUCCUGCAGCAGCCAACGCUCAAGUUGUCCAACGAACUGUAUCAGGACAAGCUUACCGAACUGCUGCGACUGUUCACCUCGCAGCAGUGGUCCAAGUGGAGCAAAGAUCCCCACUUCCCGGCCAUGUCCUAUCUGAAUUCGCUCUUCCAGUACACGUUUUUCGGCUAUGGAGCGUUGGCAUUUACCGAGCGGUUGACGAUUUGGACGCCGAUUGUGCAGAGCUUUGCUGCGAUGGCUGAGAACGGUGCGGUGAGCAAGCAUAGCGAUAAGCUGAUAUCGCUUGCGUCCGGAACCAUGAAGCGGAUGUUGUUCCAGUACGACUUUGAUCAGCAACUGGAGAUGUUGGACAACGAGGAGCUGGAUGACGAUAACGAAACCGAGCUGCAGCACUUCUUCAACCAGUGCAUCGACACGAUCGCCCUCAUCGCGGAGAUCGAACCCAUCCGGGUGUACGAUAUGGCGUUCUCCGAGUUCGCAUCCGAUGCCAGCGGUCCGUACGGCCAAGUGCUGUCCACCGUUGCCGGCAUGUUGCUAAACGGGACCAGCUACAUUUCACCUCGGCCCGCCCAUCCGCUGCUGGACGAAGAAAGCCGAUCCGCGCUGCGGUGCAAGUUCCGUGAUUUCAUUUCGCUGUGCCAAAUCAUUGCUCGGGUUAGCCCGUUGCUGCACGAACGCUCGGAGAAGAUCAGCGCCUCGAUGGGACGGCUGAUCGAGGAUCUCGUCAAGCUGGUGGAGAUGGUGUCGAGCGCCUCGGGUGAUCCACUGGAGUACUUCUUCGUGAAUUUGCAACCCCUGGCCGGGGAGCUGGCGGAUGUGAUCGGACAGACGCUGAUCACUUUGCGAAGUCUACUGAUCGUAACGCACAUUCCAUUUGGGGAAGCCGAAAUGAUGCAUUUUCUCGGUUGCAUUCCGAGGUUUUUGUCACCUCCGCAGAAGGUCAAACGGGACCAACUGAAGACGCUGACCAGUGCAGCGGCACAGCUUUUACUCAGUGUCAGUGCCAAUCUGCGGCCGAAGUACCUUGUCCAGCUGAUCAAACCGCUGGUGCAUAGUGAUUUGAGGCAUUUAGAGCGAUCGACAGCGCUGACGAUGCGGCUGGCAAUUUGUAAUUGCUUCGUGCUACCAUGGGCCGGGUGUUCGGCAGCGGAGCAGAACUUCGAAGGUCGAGCUGCCCUUCUACAGGAAUACAUUGCAUUUAUAGCCGGUGAUUUGAUUAGGUUAGAUUUGGGCCAUACGUUUAGCAGUAGUAAUCCUUCGUUGGACUACGGGCAGGAGGAGAAGAUCGUGACGGUAGCCACAGUCGUACUUAGCACUCUGCGGGAUCUGCUGGAGUACUACCAAGAGCAAAGCAGUUCCGUCAAGCAGAUGCUAGCGGCCGCAUACCGACCUGUGAUAGAGAAAACGCUAGCCAUCUAUAGUGCAGCCAGCAGCAAGAAUUGCGUGUUGAUUGAGAAGAUAUUCGAGUUUUGUCUGGGAAUUUUGAGGACCUUACAGGUCCAGUUGGGCCAAGUAUUCUUGAAGAAUAUCAUCCUACUGUUCCUGGGGAAGACCAAAACGGAACAGAUCAGUUCGCAGCGUUUCCGUUCGCUGGUCAUUUUGCUCAAAAUGUUCCUUCUAAUCGUAGAACAACCAGGCAAUGCUUCGCUACUGCCAGACAUAUUGAACUUUUCGAUCGAGCACGUACUGCCGAUGGUAUUCUCAAACGAAUUCAUGUGCAAAAGUGAACAAAGUGGCCAUGCCGACGUUAGUUUAUCGCUGUAUCAGCUGUUCAACGGAAUACUGCUGCAACGGUGGCAGUACUUCUACAAAUCGAGUGUGCUAAAACAGUUGACUCCGAGCUCUUCGGGGAACAUUCAGCAGCCACAGUCGGCGCUGGAACAUCCGGAACAGUUUGCGGCCAUUAUGAAUGCUUACGGUCAGGCGAUCGUAUGCGGAAACGAUCCACACAUAACACGUGCCACUCUGCAAUCGUUGGAAGCGUUAAACGACCGGUGGAAACUUUACCAGCGGGAGUUUUUCCGCGAGAAUCUGCUGCAAUCGUUCGAAGCUGCCAUCAUCAAGGCUCUGGUGGCUCCGGAGGGAAUAUUGCACUACGAGCUGUUUCUGGCUGUGCUGUUCAGCAUGGGUCAGGUGGAGACGAAGCGACUGCACGAGACGUUCACCGGGAUCGGCUUUCCGGCGGAAUCGCAACAGGUCGAGGAGGUCUGCUUGGCUUCGGACUACCCAACCUUUGCUCACCGCAUGAACCAGCUGAUACAGGACACCAAGUGCUGCCAGCUGAAUGGUUCCGCAUCCUAAUCCCGUAACGCCAUCGCCAGCAGCAGCAAGCAGCAGCGUCGUCGUCUUCGUAGCCAUCGCCGUCGUAAUUCUCGUCACAUCGUCGUCAGCCAUCGGAACGGACUUUAACUUUAUUACAUCUAGAACUACUAACUCUCUAUGUCUCAUUCACAUCUCCCACAAAGAAAUAUUUCAAAUCAAAGUCAAGAACAAGACCACAUUGGUUGAGAGAACCAAUCUUUUAGUCGGAUGAGAAACGCGUGGGGCAGAACUGAAAUUCACGAAAAUUCCAUACUUUUUUACUAAUACUAAUAACGAUCGCAACUUAAGCAAAUUAAAAACAAACAAAAAAAAAACAAUCGAGAGUUUAGAGUAAAACGCGCGUCCCAGGAAAAUUCUAAUAUAAUAAAAUUAUCUAAAUCGAGUAGCGAUAAUGGAAUCGAAACACAAAUUUAUCGUAUACCAGAGUGGUUAAAAGCAUGCUCUUCUAUUCGUGUACUUGCAAAACAAACACACACAAACGCCGAGAUUCGAAUUAAAAGUUGCGAAAGAGAUCUACAAAUCUAGCAAGAAAAAGCAUCUAUUUAUGUUUCUUUUAAGUUGAUAUUUGCUUUUGAAGAUCAGGUAAAACUUGCUCUAGAGAGCGUUUAUGCGCGCCAGCUAUGUCUGCGGUAGGGUUAGAACACACAAUACACCACACACAUCCAGGAGGUGUCGCAAGGCCGUGCUAAUUCUCCUAUUAUUGAAGCAUCUAAGUCGUAAAUAUUUGAUAUCAUUAUUAUCAGGAUUUUAUUUUUAUAAUAAUCAAGUGUAACAUGUGAUAUUCAGAAGGAUUAGUUUUUAUGGAAAAAAAUACAAUUUUUGCCCUAGUACCGUCAAUCAAAAAAGAGAUAUGUUUUAUUUCGUUUCGUUUUGUCUUUUCAGUCUAUAUGUUCGUUUGUGGCAGUUUCUUCGUUUAGUUCUUUGUAUCAAAUCUGUGCACAAGCUUUAUUUAUAUUAUAAUCACAAAUUUUAUCUUUAAAACCGAUUCUUUUUCGUGCUAUCAAAAUGGAAUUCUAAUUGCGAGGGAGAAGGCGAAACUAUACAGAUACAUCAGGAAGUAGUAUUAUACACAUAUGGUUUCCUAGAGGAAUGAUAAAACAAGAGAACCACAUAUAAACGAGUUCCCCUUCCCCCUUUGAAAUAGAGUGUUAGAGCAUAAUGAAUAUAUUCCGCGUAAUAUUUUCCAUUGAAGAUAAUUUCCAGGAAAUUUAUAGCAUCCUACUUCUAGCCGAGCAAUAAAACCAAGCGGAAGCUGCAUCAAUAAGUAA